AUGGAUUUACUGGAGGAACGUAUUCGUAAAAAAUCGUCUGCUCGGGAUAGUACCUUCGGCGGCCAAAAGAUAUUUUGGAACUACAGAUCAGAGGUUGUUGACAAGCUCGGACUGGACGAUAAACAUAGGAACAUAGGGAUUGCCUACGCUGUGAUAGUUGUGUUUGGAUUUGCCGCUUUUGUAUACGUUAAAUCUAAAGUUAUUUUAAGCAGAAAGGAAGAAAUGGAGGAGCGUCAUAGGAUAAAACGUGAAUUGAAAAUGGGAGGAAAAAGUGAUGACAACUUUGGCAAUAAGAAAUUAGCCGUUGCCGAUAGUUAG